AUGAAAGAAGAUGCUCGCAGUGGAGAACUAGAGCUUAGCGCGUCUAGUCAACUUCCUCCUUUCUUAAUCAUUCAUGUUACUUCGGGAGAACGUGUGAGGAGAGUUACCAAGGACGAAUGUAUUCCCAGACUCAAAUCCUCCGUUUAUUCUCUGCUCAUAGCACAAGGCGCACUCAGCAGACCCAACUUCGAAAACUAA